GUUAACCGUUGACAAGUUGCAAAGCGAGUAGUAUAAAGCUCGUCCUUCACUUUCCUUUCAUCCACGUUCUUUCCUUUCUUCGAUACUCAAGGUCCAACAUGCGCGUCGUCCUCGCCACCUGCCUCGCCUACGCCGCCUCUGCGCUGGCCUACACCGUCCUUGUUCCUAACCAAUCCGAGGGCUGGACAGACCAUGGUCCUCAACCCUUCGUCUGGCACCGUGAUCACACUGACCGAGCCAACUUCACCGUCGUCCUCACCAACCCUAACAGGGACUUGAUGCCCUUUGACCAAGUUCUCGCUGCUUUGGUCGAUGGAAACCUCGGAAACACCACAUUGAAUCCGCCCAGUGCUGGUUGGCCCGCCCCUGGACCCAACUACCGCCUCAACAUCAUUGACAGCACUACCAACGAAACCGUCCUCGCUUCUUCCCCAGCCUUCGACAUCGAGCAUACUACCGUUUCUCGAUCUUCCACCAUUACCUACCCCACUACCGUUAUCAGGUACACCCAGACCGAGCACCCCAACGCUAUCCCAACCGAUGACACUUUGGGAGGCGACGAUAACGGCAGCGCUACCUCUUACAACGUUCCUGUUGCUUUGGCUGCCUUCGCCGCCGCCGUCCCUGCCCUCUUCCUCUAAAGGGUCGAGCAACGCGCGUGACCUUUUGGCUCGUAUUCUACUCUCUGGAGUCUGGACUGUAAUCACUGCGUAUUGGACCCUUCUAUCGCUCCAGGUUAUCUAUGCUUCCGCUCUGUCUUAUUAACUUGUCCUGUCGAUAUGGCACAUACUACGUUUUGGCAAUGGGUAUACCACUAGUUCCUUUGUUCACGGAUUUGUUCUGAGACGGUCUCUUGUUUGUUGUAAGUCAACUGUGUACAGUAACGCUCUUUAGUAUCCAACUCGCUGUAUUUCUGUUGUACCCUGGUCCUCG